UUCAAGGACUGUGUCCCGCUUGUUUAUCAUGAAGAUUUGGAGUCAUAUAUUCAGAGAAUUGCAGAUGGCGCUUCUUCCCCUAUUCUCACUGGAAAGCCAAUCAAAACCAUUUCCUUGAGCUCUGGUACUACUCAGGGGAGGCCCAAGUUAAUUCCCUUCAAUGAUGAAUUGUUGGAGACGACAAUGCAAAUUUAUCGCACUUCUUUUGCCUUCAGAAACAAAGAAUUUCCCAUUAGAAAUGGAAAGGCCUUGCAGUUCAUCUACAGCAGCAAGCAGUUCAAAACUAAGGGGGGUCUGGCAGCAGGAACUGCAACAACGAAUGUUUACCGUAGCGCGAAAUUUAAAAGCACGAUGAAGACGAUCCAGUCACAAUGCUGUAGCCCAGAUGAAGUCAUCUUUGGCCCUGACUUCCAUCAAUCUUUGUAUUGCCAUCUCUUAUGUGGGCUGAUCUUCCGGGAUGAAGUUCAGUUUGUGUUCUCCACUUUUGCACACAGCAUUGUCCAUGCUUUCAGGACUUUUGAGCUAGUAUGGGAAGAACUCUGCGGUGACAUUCGAGAUGGCGUUCUCUCUAGUCGGGUCACCGCUCUCUCCAUUCGUACAGCCAUGUCAAAAAUUCUUAAGCCAAAUCCUGAAUUGGCAGAUUUGAUCUAUCAGAAAUGCGCAGGAUUGAGUAAUUGGUAUGGGCUCAUACCAGAGCUUUUUCCCAAUGCACAGUACAUUUAUGGGAUCAUGACCGGCUCGAUGGAGCCUUAUCUGAAGAAACUGAGGCACUAUGCAGGCCAUCUGCCAUUGAUGAGUGCUGAUUAUGGUUCUUCAGAAGGAUGGGUUGGAGCAAACGUUAACCCAAUGCUGCCCCCUGAAAUGGCUACCUUUGUUGUGCUUCCAAACAUCGGAUACUUUGAAUUUAUCCCGCUAAAGGAGAAUUCUCAAGAUCAGGAGCAGGAAGGAGAUGGAGGAGCUAUUGUUGCAAAGGAGAACAAGCCAGUUGGUCUGACAGAAGUCAAGGUUGGUGAAGUGUAUGAAAUAAUUGUCACCAAUGUCGCAGGGCUGUACCGUUAUAGAUUAGGAGACGUAGUGAAAGUGAUGGGGUUCCAUAACGCAACGCCAGAGCUGAAAUUCAUGUGUAGGAGCAACCUUCUCCUAAGCAUCAACAUCGACAAGAACACGGAAAAGGACCUGCAACUAGCAGUGGAGGCA